CACAUCAUUUUGGUUCAGAAAAAUGGGAGUGUCCUCUUGAAGAGAAACUCAUUUUUCUGAUUUCAUUUGUUUCUUUCUUAAAGAAGAGAAUUUAUGCAUUUUGAUCUCUGCACAGCCAGUAUCCUAACAAGUAUUUUGGUUUCUGUUUCAGGACCUGCGUACAGGAGAAGAACAGAACGAGGUGGGAAGGGAGACUUCUGACGCCAUCAUGCAGCGAAGUAUCAUGUCAUUUUUCCAACCCAAGAAGGAGGGCAAAGCAAAGAAGCCAGAGAAGGAGACCUCCAACAGUAGCAGAGAGACAGAGCCUCCCCUGAAGGUGGCGCUGAAGGAGCAGAAUGGAGUAGUGCCCGAGAGUGAGUCUCCAGUGAAGAGGCCGGCGAGGAAGGCAGCCCGGGUCCUGGGCAGCGAAGAGGAGGAGGAGGACAGUGCCCCCACCUCCCUCAAAGGCCAGAAACCUGCCCCAGAUUCCCCGCGAUCCUCCCCUCCCAGUCCUGCCGCAUCUCCAGAGAGCAUCCCUUCCCUUUCCGACGCCUGUCCCAUGGAAAUCUCCCCGUCAGGGAUCCCGAAGCGUCGCACAGCUCGGAAGCAGGUCCCGAAACGGAAAAUUCAGGAUGCCCUGGAAGAACAGAGUGAAGACAAGGAAAGAGAGACCAAGAGGAAGAAGGAAGAAGAAGAAGCAGAGACCCCAGCAGAAAGCAUCACAGAGCCUGAAGUGGCAAAAAAGAAGGAAGCAGAAGACGGGGACAAGCCCACGAUGUCCCCUGAACCCCUCAAGAUGUCCAAAACAGAGACCCCGGCAGAAAGCGUUUCAGAGCCUGCGGUGGCCGUGAAGAAGGAGCCACAGGAUGGGGACCAGACCAAGCCUCCCCCCAGGCCUCCCAAGAUGAUCAGCAGUUUCUUCACCCCUCGAAAGCCAGCCACCAAAAAAGAAGUGAAAGAAGAGGGAUCAGACGCUCCGGGAGAAGAGGAGACCAAGGGGCCCCUGGACCCAGCGCACUACAAUCCUGCCAAGAACAACUACCACCCUGUCGAAGAUGCCUGCUGGAAGUCCGGCCAGAAGGUCCCCUAUCUGGCUGUGGCCCGGACCUUUGAGAAGAUCGAGGAGGUUUCUGCUCGGCUCCGGAUGGUGGAGACACUGAGCAACCUGCUGCGCUCUGUGGUGGCCUUGUCACCUCCAGACCUCCUCCCUGUCCUCUACCUUAGCCUCAGCCGCCUUGGGCCACCCCAGCAGGGCCUGGAGCUCGGCGUUGGUGACGGCGUCCUUCUCAAAGCAGUGGCCCAGGCCACAGGUCGGCAGCUGGAGUCCGUCCGGGCUGAGGCAGCCGAGAAGGGCGAUGUGGGGCUGGUGGCCGAGAGCAGCCGCACCACUCAGAGGAUCAUGUUGCCCCCUCCCCCACUCACUGCUUCUGGGGUCUUUGCCAAGUUCCGUGACAUCGCCCGGCUGGCCGGCAGUGCUUCCACAGCCAAGAAGAUAGACAUCAUCAAAGGCCUCUUUGUUGCCUGCCGCCACUCAGAAGCCCGAUUCAUUGCCCGGUCCCUGAGUGGACGGCUGCGUCUCGGGCUGGCUGAGCAGUCAGUCCUGGCUGCCCUCGCCCAGGCUGUGAGCCUCACACCCCCCAGCCAAGAAUUCCCCCUGGCCAUAGUGGAUGCCGGGAAGGGCAAGACAGCAGAGGCCAGGAAAACGUGGCUGGACGAGCAAGGCAUCAUCCUGAAGCAGACAUUCUGUGAGGUGCCCGACCUGGACCGCAUCGUGCCGGUGCUGCUGGAGCACGGCCUGGAGCAUCUGCCGGAGCACUGCCGGCUGAGCCCAGGGAUCCCCCUGAAACCAAUGUUGGCCCAUCCCACCCGGGGUGUCAGCGAAGUCCUCAAGCGCUUCGAGGAGGCAGCUUUCACCUGUGAAUACAAAUACGACGGGCAGAGGGCACAGAUCCAUGUCCUGGAAGGCGGGGAGGUGAAGAUCUUCAGCCGGAAUCAGGAAGACAAUACUGGGAAGUACCCCGACAUCAUCGACCGCAUCCCCAAGAUCAAACUCCCGUCAGUCACCUCCUUCAUCCUGGACACUGAGGCCGUGGCUUGGGACCGGGAAAAGAAGCAAAUCCAGCCAUUCCAAGUGCUUACCACCCGCAAACGCAAGGAUGUGGACGCAUCGGAGAUCCAGGUGCAAGUGUGUUUGUACGCCUUUGACCUCAUCUACCUCAACGGAGAGUCCCUGGUACGAGAGCCCCUUUCCCGACGCCGGCAGCUGCUCUGGGAGAACUUUGUGGAGACAGAGGGCGAGUUUGUCUUUGCCACCUCCCUGGACACCAAGGACACUGACCAGAUCGCCGAGUUCUUGGAACAGUCGGUGAGAGACUCGUGUGAGGGGCUGAUGGUGAAAACCUUGGAUGUGGACGCCACCUACGAGAUCGCCAAGAGGUCGCACAACUGGCUCAAGCUGAAGAAGGACUACCUCGAGGGAGUGGGCGACACCCUGGACCUCGUGGUCAUCGGCGCCUACCUGGGCCGCGGGAAGCGUGCUGGCCGCUAUGGGGGCUUCCUCCUGGCCUCCUACGACAAGGAGAGUGAGGAGCUGCAAGCCAUAUGCAAGCUCGGAACGGGCUUCAGUGAUGAGGAGCUGGAGAAACAUCACCAGAGCCUCCAGCCCCUGGUGCUGCCCAGCCCACGCUCCUACGUGCGGGCCGACGGGGCCGUGGCCCCCGACCACUGGCUGGAGCCCAGCACCGUGUGGGAGGUGAAGUGUGCCGACCUGUCCCUCUCCCCCAUCUACCCCGCGGCCCGCGGCCUGGUGGACCGUGAGAAGGGCAUUUCCCUUCGCUUCCCUCGGUUUAUUCGCGUUCGUGAGGACAAGAAGCCGGAGGAAGCCACCACCAGUGCCCAGGUGGCACAGCUGUACCAGGCGCAAAGUCAGAUCCAGAACCAGAAAGGUGCAAGCUCAGAAUCUGACCUGGAGGAUUUCUACUAAACCUCUGCUGUCCCAGGGCCUGGGCAGAGGGUGACAGGGGAGGGAACCAGGGGUAUUGCCUCUAUUUUUAAACAAAUUGG